CACAGCAGGGGAGUGGAACUGGGUGAUCUUUGAGGUCCCUUCCAAUCCAAACCAUUCUAUGGUAAAAAUGUCUACUUCUUGCUUAAGCUAACUUCUCUUAAUUCAUGCCAAGCAUGUGGGAGACCAAGACUUUGUUUUCAGAGUGGGGUAAGAAAAGUUCUCAGUUUAUGUUGUCUAGGGAAUCCAUUAUUUUGUAUUAUAUUUCAAACAUGUUAAAUUAGGUCAACUUGAACUCAGUGAAAUAUAGAGGAAAAAAUUUAAGAGGAGACUUAAAUUGAUGGAUACGGACAUCAAUAUUCUUUUACUCCUAGUGUAAAUAUUUGUAGUUUAAAUGGCUUUAUCUUUAUUUUUCUCACGUAUCUACCUAUAGAGAGAAAGAUUGGUGAAUAUAGUCUUUAAAAUGCUUGUGAGUUAGCUAGCAUAAAUCUUGGACCGUUGUUAUGAAGACAACAUUACUUAAGCCCUUGGGAGAGCUAAAUGUCAGGGACAGUAACUGCCUGCACAGGGCUCUAUGUAUGAGAGGAAGGAGGAGGUGUUUUUUCUGGUACUCUAUCAUCCUGCAGUGAUGCAACAGAAAGUCCAUAAAAGUUUAAAGUAUUUAUUGGCUUGCUGACGUGAUCUGCUAAGUUUUCACAUUAAAAAAAAAGUCUUCUAAAACUUUUAAUUCUUAAUUCUAGAAUUUUCAUUUGAUGUCUGAAUGCAUCUUGCUACAGUGGAAUAGAUGAACUCACUGACAGCUUCAGCUGGAGUUAUUUGAUGCUUAUGGGUUGAGGAGGGAGAGGUGGCUUUACAGUGGCGAGCUUCCCUAUGGUUAUCCAUUCUCAACUUUCUUCUGUUUCAGAAGCUUCUGAAGAGGGUUUUGAAGAACAUUGUUCUCAGGCAGUGAGCCAUCUGCACUUUUGAAUAGGGUGCCACCUGAAGGAGUCAAAGGAAUCGAUAGUUGUCGCUUCUUUGCAAUUCCUCUUUUGUAUUUGAACCUCUUCCUUUCUCUGGGUUUUCAUCUGAGAAAGACCAUGAGCUCAGGCCAACGCAAGCGCCGUGGAGGAGCAGUUAAUUCCAGGCAAGCUCGGAAGCGAAACAGGCUGAUGGCUUCUACAGCAGAAAUGGCUUCAGAAGCAGAGCCAAUAGAGCUUGAAGAAAGUGCUGGUGAAGAAGUAGUAGACCUCACAUGUGAAUCUUCUGAUCCUGUAGUCGUUGAUCUCACUCACAACGAUUCUGUUGUGAUUGUUGAAGAGAAUCAACGACAAAGGAGAAAUCUGAGACUCAGAAGCCAACGGCAGUCGGACAGCUGUGUGCUGAGUAGCGAUGAUGAAGAUGAAACGAGAGAUAAUGAUGUGUAUGUGACAGAUAAAGUGUCUCGAGAAUUGGGACCACUGGAAGAUGAAACUGCAAGUUCGAAGCCAUCUGGUACCGUUAGCUGUCCGAUUUGCAUGGAUGGCUACUCGGAGAUUGUGCAAAGCGGACGACUGAUUGUAUCAACUAAAUGCGGCCACGUCUUCUGCAGCCAGUGUCUCCGUGAUUCCCUUAGGAAUGCCAACUCUUGCCCAACCUGUAGGAAGAAACUCACUCACAGACAAUAUCAUCCCAUUUAUAUAUGAGUACUUCUAUUUCUCAGGACAGACUCCACUGGGAUUUUGAGGAAAAUGUCAUGGUUUCAAAGUUCUGAAGAAUUAAAGAGCGGCAGGUUGUGCAAAUCCAAACUGAUGUUUUUCUUGAGAAUACCUUGUACAUGUAUAGACAGCUUUUUUAUUGUCCAGGCUACAUCCUGUAAUGUCCCUGGUUAUAAUGUUAAAUUUAGGACUGUCUCUAAAUUAGACCAGCAGCCUAUAUCAGAAAGGAAGCAACUAAUGCAUUUCCUUCCACUUUUUUAAUGCUAAGUAAGAGAGGUCUGAAUAUUUUGUUACUUCUUACUCUUUAAAUUAUUCCCGCCCUUGCAUACAGCUAUGGAAGAGUUACUGUUCAAAAUACAGAUGAGCAAUUUGCCAAUUCCUUACGCUUUUGCUUCUACCCUGCCAGAAGCUCAUGACUAUAUUGCUUUCUGCUCUUCCACCUUUGCCCGAGUAGAGGUCUCUAUUAAAUGGACAACCAGGGUGAUGCAAUCAAAUCACCUGCUGUUAACCAGCAGCCAGGUGUUUUAAGCAGAAGGCUUGACCACAUGGAUGUCCUUAGGAACUCCAUGAGAUCUGAAGUACGUAGACAAAUUGCAGCAUGGGCUGCAAUGUGAAAAUACUUCUUGGAAUGUUUUAACUGUGAAGAACUCCCGUAGUGGAAUCACAACGCUGAAUUUGUUUUCUAACGUGAUGAGGUGGUCCCUUGGGUUUACUGCUGUUCUAUAGCUCUCUCUCCUGAUAUCAGAGGAGAAUGUAGAAGUCUCUUGGCUUGCUAGUGAUGCAUGAGGAGCAAAUACAUGUCUGCUGCCCUCUUGCCAGCUGAAUCCCAAAGUACCCACAGAUCUUCUACCGUAUCAAGUGUCCCCAGCGUAAUGCUUCAAGUUCAGUGCAACUGCUUGGCUGUUCUCUCUAGUUGUUACAGUGACACCUGAUGGUUUUACCCUUGUUAAUAGAAUUUGAAAGUAAAUAAUUGUAUUGCCCUGGAUUUAGGAAGUGGAGGCUUUAAAGGAUGCUUGGUAGCAAUAUUGUGUUGGCAGCUUGUUGAGAGAGAAGUUUAAUCUCCCUUUGCCCUGAGGGUUGUCCAGCUUUCUUGAAAUGUGCAUCUUUGGAAAAGGAGUCAGAGACAUGUUCCUGGAGAAAGCAUUCCUGUCUUGAAGCAAGGCAGGAACACACAGGUUUAUGCACUGUUAUCCAGGCGGCUGUUUUGCUUUUUUCCCCACAGGCCUGAGUUACAAAUGUCUGCUUUAAACCUGUAACAGCUAACAUCUGCAAGCUGGGAUGUGGAAUCCCAGAGGAGCCGAUACAAACAAAUCAUUCUAUGUAGGUGAGAUGAUUAAAAUCAGUAUUCUGUGAUCCACAUCUGCAUCUAUGAGAAGCUCCAAAAUUAAGCUCAGACGCCUUUUGGCAGCUGGUUGCUCCAGAAAACCAUGAGGAGCACUGUUCUGUGUUCUGGGACAGCACAGUUGUAGGAUGUGUUUAGUUAAUGUUGAUAUCUGAGGUGUCUUUGCUCACCUGUCCAAGGCAUCUGUGGGAAGCCUCCAAUGAAAGCAGCUCUCCUAAUGAGCUGUCUCAAGUUGUGUUUUGGAGAUUGCAACCCAAAAGUAGAGCAUUUUGGUUUGUUAUGAGGAUGUUUAGGGAAGUUUCUGGAUGUAGUCAUGCAGACAGAGCUUUGUUCCAUGAAGGCUUGCUUGAGAAAGGCAAUACCUUCCCCACCCUGCUUUGGAAUCGCUUGGGUCCAGCGCCGUUAUCUGGAAUACGCAGUUUCUGCAUUGUGGCAGUCUGGGAACUGCUGAGAAGUUACACACGUUUAGUUCCUGUGUGCUCCCCAAGCAAGGACUGCAGGAGUCCUAGGGUAGCGUGGUGGCAACCAGGAGCUGGCGCUUGUGUCCCCAAAAGCAGAGAAUGGAUAGAGCAACUCUAGAGAUUGCUUACAGCGAUGGCUGCAUGAAGAGAAGCAGCCCAGCGUUAAAGCUGUUGAGGUGUUUUAAGGGCCACAGCAACCGCUUGCUCCCGGUAGCUUACAGAGAAAAAGAUGAAGAAAAGAAAAAGGCCAGUUUUCCUUGGGUGCUCCUGCGCAAGAGGGACGAGAAGCAGAGGAUUUAGUGGGUAACCUCGGGGGAUGAAGGGUGGUCACAUCCCUGUGCUUUGUUCACAGUGUACUCGCCGUAGCCUCAAAUGACUUUGCACAACUCCCUCUGUGUAAAUAUCACUUUGUAGGUAGUGUCACCAUAAAUGGAUCCAACUGCAAUUCCGAUGCCACAACCUGGAGACUAUUUCACAAAAAAGUGUUUCUCUUUUGCGUACGCUCUGAAGUGUCACAAAUUUUGUGCAACGCAAAAGGAAUUUUAAGUCUCAGUCUAUGGAAGGAGACUGAAUUGCAUUACAGGCUUUCUUUUGGGAGGGGGAAGGGCGGGAAGGAACCUGACUACAUGGGAGUUCUAGUGAUGUUUCACAGUGGCAAGAAAUGACAAAGAAUAUAAAGAUUUUUUUCAUUAUGUAAAUGUAUCUCUUCUUGUUGUAUAUAGUUCAUUUUUCCUGUAUUUAAUGGUAUUCAUGUCUGUCUGUCCCAUCUCCUUUGGACUCUGCUGGUAGGCAAACAGUUCUUUUACCAGGUGGAAAUAAAACUCUUGAUUUGAUCAA